AUGUCAGGGACACACAACAAUCGUGCACAGGGUGAUCCGUCAGGGAAAGACACAUCUAUGGCCGCAGUCAUGUGUAGCGCUACAUCGGAAGCAGAACCGUCCGCAGAAGGGUCCUCUGAACUCCCUGAGGACGAUAUCAUCGAAAGCCAAGUUUGCGAUGCGGACGCACUCGACGCACUUUCGUACUCGAUUGUGCAGGAAUGGAAGCAGGAAAGUCAGUUGUCGUCACUCGAGACGACUCUGGAUCUCCUCCGCGAAGCGCGCAAUUCUCAGUCUACAGAUAAGGAUGAUAUCCCUUAUCGAGAUUCAACGAAGGACUUUGCCCUCGUCUUGGUCGUCAAAUAUGUUUGGACGGGACAUGACGCGGCUUUGAAUGGUGCUGUGAAAGUCAUCACAGAUGCCCUGGAGUCGGAGACUGGCUGUCACGAAAGCGAUGUCGCACAGGAGAGGCGGACAGAGGCAAAUGUCAAGCGAUUGACGUCGAUGUAUCUCUUUGCAAACGCUCUUCUCUUGCACAACCUUCACACACGACAAGCUCGGUCUUUGGACGAAGCGAUUUCAGUCGCUCAGGAAGGACUGCGCCUCCAGGCACCAUCUCAUCGCAUCCAUUCACACCUGCUAGGGAUACUUUCGGCUGCUCUCGUGAUCAAGUACAUCUUGGAGGGUCGCGCCCAUGACGUUGCCGAAGCACUCCGUACCAGCGCUCAACGGUCUGCAAUGCAAGCAGAGGCGCGGGAAUCGUUCGAGCGAGGUCAGACCGUCUAUCAUGAGGUACUCGACCGGCCGGCUGAAUGGCGCUGUGAUUUUUUCGAGGAGACAGGCCGCGAAUUCGACCUCGAGGAGUGCAUAGCUCUCCAUGAAGAGCACCUGUUGUUUUUCCCUGCCACGCAUCGUAGUCGCCCGAAAUUGCUGGCCGACUUGGCCAGUGCUCUUUCGAUGCGAUCCGAGAAGAAGGGGCAGAGGGGUGACAUGGAAAGGACAGUCAAACUUUGCAGGGAAGCCCUUAGGCUUGUUCCCGCUCCACAUCCCAUCCGCCUAAUGGUGCUAAGUAACUUGGUGAAUGCGCUCUGGGGUCGAUUCGAGCAGGAAGGUGAAUUGGACGACCUUGGAGAGGCCAUCUCGCUUCUCAGGGAGGCCCUUGUCCUCUGUGCUGCGCCGCAUGCCGCCUAUCCCAUGCUCUUGAACAACCUUGUGGAUGCCGUUUCAGUUCGUUUCGAAAAGAACAGGAAAUUGGACGACCUGGAAGAGGCAAUCUUGCUCCGCCGGGACACUCUCACGCUCCGUCCCGCUCCUGAUCCUGGGCGCUGCGACUUUUUGAACAGGCUGGCGAAAUUGCUGAUGACGAGAGUUGAGCAGUAUCGCCGGCUGGUUGAUUUGGAAGAGGCGAUCUCGCUUGUCAGGGAGGCCGCCAUGCUGUGUCCUGCAUCGCAUUCGGACCAUCCGAAACUUUUGGACAAUCUUGCAAAUAUGCUCUCCGAGCGUUAUGAGCAUGGCGGUCGAGCGGAGGACCUCGAUGAAGCAAUUGAGCUUCACCGACGUGCUUUGGCGCUCUUUCCUGCUCCACAUCCUUCCCGUGCGAUAUCGUUGAGCAACCUAGCGGGUUCGCUUCAGAAUCGAUUCGAGCAAAGAUGUCAACUGGCCGACCUCGAAGAGGCAAUCUUGCCGCUCAGAGAAGCUCUCAUGCUGUGUCCCUUCCCACAACCGAACCAUUCGAACCUAUUGAACAAUCUGGGGACUGCGCUUUCAAAACAAUUCGAGGAGAGAGGCCAGAUCGAUGACCUUGAAGAGGCGAUCGUUCUCUACAGGAAAGCUCUCUUGCUCCAUCCUGCUCCCCAUCCCACUCGUCCGAAGUCCUUGAACAGUCUAGCGAAUGCACUCAUGACAAGAUUUGAGCAGAAAGCAGAUCUGGAUGAUGCCGCCGAAGCGGUCUUGCUUAUGCGGGAAGCGCUUACGCUCUCUCCCGCACCACAUUCCGAUCACUCGAUGUCACUGCACAACCUGGCAAAUGUACUCAUCAGAAGGUUCGAAAAAAAAGGCCAAAUCGCUGAUCUCCAAGAGGCAACCGUACUCUACCGCAAAGCCCUUGCACUCCAUUCUGCUUCACACUCCGGUCGUCCCAAGUCGCUGAGCAAUCUGGCAGCAACGCUGCACAUCCUCUUCAAGGAGGAAAGUCAGCUGGAUGUCCUCGAGGAGUCGAUUCUCCUCGUUCGGGAGGCGCUUGUGUCCCGACCCGCCACACAUGCCGAUCGUCCGAUGCUGUUGAACAGCCUAGCGCUUGUUCUGUCGAGUAGAUUUGCCCAGAAAGGUCAUCAGCGUGACCUUGGAGAGGCCUUCUCACUGCAUCGCGAUGCUCUACUGCUACGUCCUGCUCCGCAUUACAAGCGCCCUGCGUCAUUGAGCAAUCUGGCGAGUGUGCUGUUGGAGCGGUUCGAACAGGAAGGUCGGCCAGAUGAUCUCGCAGAGGCAAUAUCACUUGGCCGAGAAGCUAUCGCACUCUGUCCUGCUCCACAUCGCAAUCGUGUGAAGGCUCUAAACAAUGUGGGGAAUGCGCUGCUGAGUAGGUUCAGACAAGGAGGUCAGGUGGAAGACAUCGACGAGGCGGUCUCACUCCUUCGAGAAGCUCAUCUACUCUCUCCUUCUUCACAUAACGACUAUACGAUCUCGUUAAACAACCUGGCGAAUGCACUGUGCAGACGAUUCGCGUACAAAGGCGCACCCAAUGACCUCGAAGAGGCGGUCUUGCUUCUGCGAGAAGUCCUUGUGCUUCAUCCUGCCCCGCACCUGGAUCAUCCAAAGUCAUUAAGUAACCUGGCCGAUGCACUUCAGAGCCGCUACAGUCAGGGGGGUCAGUUGGAUGACCUCGAAGAGGCAAUCUUACUUCUGCGGGAAGCCUACACGUUCCUUCCCACCCCACACGCCGGGCAAUCGAAGUCGUUGAGCAACAUGGCCAUCGCCCUCCAUAGUCGAUUCGAGAGGAAAGGCCAGAUCGAUGACCUCGAAGAAGCUAUUUCACUUGAACGAGAAUCCCUUGCUCUUCGUGCUGCUCCACAUCCCAACCGUUGGACAUCGUUGAACACUCUGGCAACAGCGCUACGAAGCCGAUUCAAGCAGCAAGGCAAACUAGAUGAUGUCGAGGAAGCAGUCCUGCAUCUGCGGGAAGCCCUCGCACUUUGUCCUGCACCACAUCUCAGCCGUUCGAACCUGGUGUAUAACCUUGCAAUCACACUCUCAAGCAGAUUCAGGCAGAAAGGUCGGAAGGACGACCUCGAAGAGGCAAUUUUACUCCUACGCGAAGGACUUCUGCUCUGUCCCGCUUCUCAUCCAUUCCGGAGCCAUUAUCAAUCGUGGCUCGCUCUUUGUCUUUGGAAACAAUACAAACUGAGCGCCGACACAGCCUUACUCGAAGAAGCCAUGCUCUCAUUUCGUACCGCAGUUGCGUGUGACUCGUCUGUCCUCGAUUCCUCGAAAGCAGCUCAAGUGUGGGCAAGAUGCGCAGAUGAAUCCGAUCAGGAGUUUGCCUUGGAAGCCUGGAUCCAUGCCGUUGAACUUCUCCCUCGUUUGGCGAUGAUGGCUUCGUACAUGAAGUCCCGUCAUCAGCUAUUGGCCAACCACUUGGGGGAUCGUCUGAUCGCGAGUAGCGCUGCCACUUGCGCCAUCCGUUUAGGUCGAUACGAUCAGGCUGUCGAGAUGCUGGAAGAAGGCAGAUCUAUAUUUUGGUCACAGGCUCUGCAGCUUCGGACCUGCUUUGAUGGCCUCUGGAUGGUCAACCCCGAACUAGGGGGAACGCUGCAGGAUGCCUCCCGUGCUCUCGAGCAGAGUUCAUUCCAUAAGACUUCCAGUGUCGGUGCUGUUUAUGAUCCGUCUACAGCGAUGACAGCGGAGGCUCAGGCGGCACGAUUUCGUCAACUGCACGACAAAUGGUCGGCAACGCUAAAAGAAGUUCGGGAUUUGGAAGGCUUCCAAGAUUUUCUGCGUCCUAGAAAAUUAGCAUCGCUGAGGGAGGCUGCGGCUCAUGGUCCCAUUGUUCUCAAUGCCACCGAGUCUCUCUGUGAUGCGCUGAUCAUCACCUUAACUGGUGUAGAGCGCGUCUCCCUGUCCUCAAUGAUGACUGGUCGCGAUGCUCAACUUCUCACCAACUCUCUACUCGAUGCCGUCUUCAAUAAUCUCACACAUGCAAAUCAAGUUUCCCUGCAGUCCUUGCUUCAAAAAGUUGUAGCCGGUGAUUCAGUGCCUUGGUCUCGAGAUUCGUUUCAGGUGAUGGUAGCGAUACAACCUGAGCCCAGUGAUCUUCGAUACUCCCAGCUGCCUAACACGCGCGAGGAAUUGAAGCAAAUCGCCAAACAUGUACCAGCCUCCUUUCUCAUCAAGCUCGGCGACCGCGACUCCCCGUCUUCGAAUGUGGAAGCCGUCCUUUCCCGUCUUCCUCACGAGGUCUCCAAAAUCAUGGAGCAGUCUCUCCCAGAUGCAUCCCUAGCUUUUCUCAGCGCAUGCGAGACUGCAGUGGGGGACGUGCGAUUACCCGAUGAAGCCUUUCACCUAGCGGCGACGAUGUUAUUCUGCGGGUUCCGCAGGGUGGUUGCGACUAUGUGGUCAAUCUACGACGAAGAUGAUCCCAAGAUCGCGGACGAGUUUUAUGGACAUCUUUUCCAUGGGCGGCCCUCUUUGGCGAGCGCCUGGGAGCCCUUCUACUCCAGCUCUCCUGCCUUCUCUGCACACUCCACCGCCUCCGUCCUCUCUCUCCAAGGCAAGGCUCCGCUCCCUGGCCACCCGAAGACUCUGCGCGACCUCUCGGGCGUGGCCGAGCUCCUCACCCUCCCCGCCUCCUUCGGCGCCAUCCAGCUCGGCGAGACGUUCUCGGGCGCGCUCGCGGUGAACAAUGAAGCCGUGGGCGCCGUCGGCAGCGUGCUGCUGCGCGUCGAGAUGCAGACCGCGACGAGCAAGGUCCUCCUUGCCGAGCUCGGCGGCCCGACGUUUGUCCUCGCCGCGGGCGACACUCUCGAGACCGUUGUGCAGCACGAGAUCAAGGAGCUCGGCCAGCACGUCCUCGCGUGUACCGUCACAUACCAGCUCCCACCUGGUGCCCGCCCACCUGCAGCUACGUCCUCAGAGGGUGCAGUGGAUCGCGAUCCGAGUGUGCAGACGUUUCGUAAAUUCUACAAGUUUGUGGUCACGAAUCCGCUGUCGGUCAAGACGAAGGUUCACGUGCCGCGCUCGCCGUCCGCCCUGCUGUCGCGCAAUGAGCGCGAGAAGGUGUUCCUCGAAGUUCAUAUACAAAACCUAACUCAAGAACCUAUGUGGUUUGAGCGCAUGCUCUUCGAGCCCGCGCAGGGGUGGCGAGUGGACGAUGCCAAUGUCUUUGCUGCAGGCGCAUUGGACGCCGACGCUAUGUCUGUAGGCGGGGAGAGUUUGUUCUCCGGACCGACAGGAAUGAUGCAGCCUCAAGACGCGAGGCAGUACUUGUGCAUCCUCAGCGCCACUGUCUUACCGACUUUUGCUGUACAGCAUUCACCAGGGCAGGUGAUCCCCCUCGGGCGACUUGAUAUUACAUGGAGAUCGUCGUUUGGCGAGCCAGGGCGGCUGCUGACGUCGAUGCUCUCUCGACGUAUUCCUCUUUCCCCUACCACUCAGCCACCACGCCAACCUCCAUCGGCCCUUCCCCUGCAUCUCCAACGCUCCGCCACUGUCCAGACCCCAUCACAGGGCUCACGACCCCCUUCGCGGGCGAGCACGCCGCCGAUCGGUCCUGCAUCAUACCGUCCAAGUUCACCAUUCAAGAAUCGCCCCAUGUCCAUCCCUCCAAGAACCCAGAGCCCCGUCACUUUUGGGUCUGCGGGGCAGGCAAUGGCGUCGGGGCAGGGGCUGACAAUGGCGACGAUCCCGAUGCUUGAUGCUGUUGACGUCGAUCUCGUCGUUCGAGCCAUACCCCGCGAUCCUCUCUUGAUCGAGACUCCUUUCAGCGUGGCGUUCACGCUCGCCGUUUCGGCGACGAUGGUGCGCGCGCGGGGUCGAGACCGCGUGCUCUCGAUUGCCGUGCAGCAUGUCCAACCGACGCAGAUACGCCCAUCACAACAACCGUCUGCUCCUGCUGUUGAAUCUGUCGAUCAGCGCGCGUCAGUGAAGCCCAUCGGGCUUGCGCCGCCUUCUGUGACCUCGACGCCGCUGAGCAGGGUGAUGGACGAUCGCACGCUCGUGGGCUCGCCGCAGCAGCAGUACCUGACGCACGGAGAGGACGAACGCUCUGGAGACGGCGUGCCACUUCUGCCGAGCCCUGUGCCGGAACCUAAAGACGCAGAGAAAUACGCCAAACCGAGCGCUGGGGGAGCGAGAUACCUUGGCGCGUCGGCGCUCUUCCUCCCGCCCGUCCGCCUGUCUCCCUCGGGCGAGGAGCCGCAAGGGAGUGUCGAGAGCGACGACGACUCUUCGGCCUCGCACGAUGUCAAGCUUCCGGCGGCGAAGGUGGAAGCCUCUUGGGAUUUCGAGCUGUCAUAUCUGCCGGUGAGAGCGGGUUUCUCGACUGUCGGUGGGCUGAGGGUGUUGUUGGUGGAGGAUCGGUGGGAGGACGGGGACGAAGAGAAGGCCCUUGUCGAGGGGCGGCGACCGGCACCCGCGCGGGUGUUGAAGGAGUGGGAUGUCGUGGACCGCUCGACAAUUCAGCCUCACCACUUCUCCAAACCACUGAGACAGGAAGUCAUGCUUGCUUAUGGCGAGGGGUGCUGCGAGAUGAUUGUGUAGAUAACACUGCAUUUUGGCUGAUGCUUUGACUGGCAUGCCUGGCAUGACUGACAUGUGCACAAAAGAAAUUGAGUGUGCUGUCAGACAUGUAUAUAGAACACAUGACUGCUCUGGCAGGUAUGCUCUUGGUAUGUUGAUUUAUUCGCCCUCUUAGUGAUCCCUGCUAGAGAAUAUAUGUGCUGCUGAAUAGUGAAGCACAUACAGCCUCUAGCAGGGAUCAGGUAUUGAGAAUAAAGAAUGAUUCAACACACCAAGAUCAUCUAGCCAAAGCAGGCCAAGAUCCUGUUGAUAUUAGACAGACACAUUACCUUUCAAGAGAAUCACGAAGCUUUGCAAAUUUUACAC